AGUGCCCUGCCGUCUUCAUACGAGGCCGCGGCCACCCAGCUAUCAUCGUCUGAAGCCGGGGUGAGAUGAACGUCUGCGCUCCUUCCUGCCACCACCGCGCUCCUCCACUGGGUGGCGCUGAGACACCGGCAGCAUCAGCACCAUCCUCCUCCUCCACUCUCCCCCUCACUGACAUGAAUCCGGCUCCUCUCUCAUCCCUCGAACACCUCAAAUCCAUUUCUCCAACUGCACGAAGACAGUUGCCAAAAACACGAGUGCGGCCGGUACCUGGCGGCAGGAUUGUAAAAGACAACCCAGAGCGCGUCAUGCCCGAGUCCAGAAACUCUGAGGGUCGGUCCGGCGCGGUGUCCAGCUGCUGAGGCGCUCUGGAAGGAUGACGGGAAGUUGCGAGUCAGAGCCUGAGGACCAGCAACUUUUAUAGACUUUCAAGUCCACCAAGCCUGCAAGUCUCCAGCAGCACCCCCAUCCGCACCCCCACUCCCUGAUCCAGACUUGUGUUCACUCAGGGAUCCGUGCGUCUGGAGAGCUCUGACAGAACACCAAGUGUUUGUAGGUGAUGUGUUGUCGGGGGCGUCCUGAAGCGACGAGGAAAUGGCAUUUCUGGUUUUUGUGGUUGACAAUGGAGAAUAAAUGAAAGAAGGGACGUUUCAGGGGAUUAAUUGACAGCACAACGACAGAAUGCGGGAGAGAGACCUACAGAGCAUGUGCAGAAGGGCGCUGCUGCUGACCGUCUGUAUGGUGUCUCUCUGGGGACAACUGACCAGCGCCUCGUCACACAGAAGCCACAUAGUUCAUGUGAAAGCGGGAACCUGUGAGGUAAUUGCUGCGCACCGAUGCUGCAACAAGAACAAGAUCGAAGAGAGAUCCCAGACUGUCAAAUGCUCCUGCUUCCCUGGACAGGUGGCAGGAACAACAAGAGCGGCUCCAUCUUGUGUAGACGCAUCCAUAGUUGCACAGAAGUGGUGGUGCCAGAUGCAUCCCUGCAUGGAUGGGGAAGAGUGUAAAGUGCUGCCAGAUCUCAAAGGAUGGAGCUGCAGUACAGGAAACAAAGUCAAGACAACCAAGGUCACACGAUAGUCGUCUGUUACCGGGAUAACCUUGUUUUGGACUUCAACAAGGUCUUCAACAAGCACCGUUGGACAUUUGGAUAUCACCCGUUAUGAGGAUUGGUGGAAAAACAGGGACCAACGAGGACAAUAAUCAUGGACAUUCCACUGAACGAAUGGAAGAAGAAGGACCAGGGAGCGUCAUAAGACUGCAUAUUGAAAAAAAAAAUAAUAUCCUGACUUUAGAUGCAGCGUCAACAGUAGCUGUCUCUGAACUCUACUGCCCACCAAUUCUCUCUUUGUAUUAUAGUUUUAUUCCUAUGGACAAGAAGACUCAACCAUGAAGAUAUUUAUUGACUAAAAGACUGCGGAUUACACCAGAUUUAAAAAAGAAAGAAAAACACCCCUAAAACAAAAAACUAUGUGAUGUGAAACUUUUGUGUUAUUUUCUUGCCACAGGACUCUUGAUGCGUGUUCUGUGUUGACGAUCUAGUGAGAUCAUGAGCAUUUUCAUUCCUUUUAGCCUUAUGCAGCAGAUAUCUCUUCUUUUUUUUGUUGAUUUUGAAAGUGUUUGGCUUUCUUAAGUUUGUUAGGAUGUCAAGUCUUCUUUUUUAAAGACAAGAGACGAUGCCACAACAACAAAACCCUGAAGAUAUGUAACGAUGUUGGACUACAAAGUCACCGAGCGUCGACACAGCUGAGUUCUGCCAAAAUGUUUUAAUGGUAUCUGUUGUUUUCAAAGCCUGGUGACUACUAUUGAUUACAAAUGUCGAUAUUAUCUCAAUAAAUCUAA